UCUCUCUACCUCGAAGAUUUCACCGAAUCAGUGAGGAUUCAGUAAUACACCUGUCGUUAAGACUAAUUAAUGAAUUAAUACGUUUUUGACGACUGGCUAUGGAAGCUCCUGCAUAAUAUCACGUGUUAACGAUUCAUCUGUACAAUAGGUUUACCAAUAGGACAAAAAAAUGAAAAAGGGACCGUUGCAUUUUUUGGGUCGAAAGAACCAGUCUCUCUUCGAUACCAAUAUUAAAAUCAAGGAGAUGGACAAUGUUGAGCUGGUGUUGGAUUCAUCAGCCAUUCCUGAAUCAGGCACUGCCAAAGUGAGGUCCAGACCCGCAGUCAAGCACUACAUGUCCUCCUCUGAUGUUGUGCAAGGGUUUGCUGUCCCAACACCCAAAGUUCCUGUCCUCCCCCCUUUCAACAGUCCAAAGAUCAACAGGGCAGUAAAUGCCGAUCGGUUUUCCAAUGGAUCGGCUAUAUCUGUGCCCGAUUUGGUGGAUGGGGAGAUAUUUAUUCCACCUCCCCCUACAAUGGCACCCCCACCCCCCCCACCCAUGUUCAUCCCUCCCCCACCAGAUUUCUUGGGUGACUUGGACUCCCUUCGCCCUCCCUCCAUGCCCCCUCCAAAACCUCCAUCAGUGGUUCUGUCUAAAGAGUACGAGGAUUUCACCUCCCUGAAACCUCCACUAAUGCGCCCCCCGAAGCCCCCAUCAACUUCCUCCAGUGCUUCUAGUUCAACUUUGUCCAUUUCUACACCAACACCAGUCCCUGAUUUUACUGAGCCCCCAAAGUUUGCCCCUCCACAGCCCCUAUAGACAUGAGACAAGCUGCUCUGAAAGCCCUGAAGACCCCGCCUCCAAAGCCAACAAGGCUGUCCUCCAUCCACAGCAUGGACGAAGCCUCCCAGGUUCCAGCCCAAGCUUCCCCAGUACAGACCCCGACACCCUCCAGCUUCAACCCCCAGAACACAGCUAAGCUCUACAGUGUUCCUAAGACUGGCAUUCUGGGUAGACAGUUGGACCGUGACAAUAGGCCCAAGCAGAUCCUACUCCUCCAGGUCAAUGGGAAAGACCCCUCUGUGGCACCUCCAGGUAAGCCAGCCCAGAGAAAUAGCUUGGGUAUGCAGCUGGAGCAAGACCUGCAGGACUUAAAGGAAAACUUGCAAGCCACCCUUCCAGGCCAACCCACCCCACCCGAGACUUGGGAGGAAGUGGAGCCUUUGUCUUUAUCAGCACAACAGGGUAUGAACAAACGUGCCAUAGCGCCCCCUAAAAUGUCACCCAAGCUUCAGAAGGUGGUCACUGCCCCUGUAAUCACAGAGGCUAGCCAGGUCAAGCAGGAAGCGUCUCCAGGCCGGAAUAACAAGUUCAGUCCUAUGCUGGACAGUAAACUACGCAACCUGAAGGCCAGUGAUGUCACUGGGAUGAGGGACGGUCCUGCCGCUUCCCCCCUGGCUCUUCUCAUGGCGGCUAAAGAGCGAGAGAGGCACAGGUUCAGUCUUUCCCUUGAAAACAGCACGAAGAGUAAUGAGCAAUUAGCCAGCAUCCAGCACAGUGAAUUCAAUCCCAAUUCUUUCACCGUCAUCCCUAGGGCCACCUCAUUCACUUCUGUAACCUCACAACAUAAACCACAGUCUGUGGUCCCACUGGAGGCCACAGUGGUAAUCCAGAUUCCAGCAAAACCCCAGAAUAUUGAGUCAGCGGUGAAGGGGCCAAUUGCAAAUCCAGUAGUUAAAAGGAUUCUGCCCACCUCUAGGUCCUCAUCCUCCAGCAGUCUAGCCGUGGAGAAGCAAAGUGGAGAGCAGAGGAUUGAUUCACCCUCUAGCCUUGUCAGGGAUGACAAGAACCUAUGCAUGCCAUUACUCCCUCCCCCUCCCGAAUUCGAUGACCAUGAUGUCGUGGGCUCUCCUCCCAGCUCACCUCCACCUGACCCUCCCCUGAAGAAGGUCCUGCCUCCCACUCCCAGCCCUGUCCUUCCAGUCCUGUCCUCUACUGCCAACCCUGUCCUUCUUGUCAAAACUCCCUCGCCAAAACCUAAAUCUCCAAGCCCUCCCAAAUUCCCACCUCCUGUCAUGGAGAACAAACCGAAACUGCCUGUUCAGAUCAAACCCAAGCCGCCUCCUACCCAGGCCCUCUCCUCCCUCUCAGCCAGCCAGGCCACGCUCCAGAGCAUCCUGCAGAAGAAGAUGCUAGAGAUGGACUGCAAAAUGGACAACAAAAUGCUGGCCAUGAAGGAAACAGACUCUGAUGACUGGGGGUCUCCCUUGUCUGAUGAGGAGACCAAGUUCCCGGUUGUCCCCAGAGUCACCCCGAAAAACCCUGUUAUCACUGCAAAGAGCAAGAGUGCCACUGUGCCAGCCACAACACAAGGACUUGACAUGAAGGAGCUGGAGACAAAAAUGGCCAUGAAAGGUCAGGGUUUGUCAGAGGCAUCAAGAGUUCCCACAAGCAAUGGGCCACGGUCAAAGCAGGCGUAUGGCAUGACUUUCAUGGUACAACCCGGAACCAAACAACCAAUCACUGUUGUCAGCAAAUGAGGAUCCAACUCAAUUAUACCACAUACUGUACCAUACAGCCCCUGUCAAGAGCAAGGACAAUGGAAAGAGAGCACCUUAAAUACUGAUAAAAAUGGAUAUUUCCAAUAAAACACUAAGCAUGUAUGCCAAGGAUGUUUUCACCAAGCCCCUGGAGAGAAUACAAGGUGCUAAGCAUUUGUCUAGAAAAGGUUUUGCUGUACCACAGCACAUAAACCUGCCCCCCAGAGGUGGUGUCAAAUAGCUUCUUGUCUAGGUGCCAAAGUCUAGAGUGAGUGGACUGUUGGAACAGCUUUCAACAGUAUCUGACUGCUACGGUUUAAAUCAGUGCUAGUACACAUUGCCUUAUUUUUUACCUAAUAGAUUCAAAGCAGAUUGUGAGGCUGUUUUUAAAAAUAGGAGCUGUAAUUUGCCAGCCUUAAUAUACACUGAAUGUCAUGCAUAAGGAUAUUUUUAUAAAUGUCUUGAAGAAUUACUAUACGGAUGUGUACAGAUUGUUUUUGCUUAUGUUUCCAUUGUGUCACUGUACCUGUACAUUCUGUAUAUUUUUAGAGCAUAAAGGGAAUUGAACUAGUCUACUACAAUACAUUAACAAAUGUAUAUUGUUCACUAUAUUAUACUUAAGGGUGCAACAACUAUGUAAACUGUUUAUCUUUUGAUCUUCUACUUUAGUCAGGUGAGCAAGAUGUUCCAUACAAUGGAGGACUAAAUAGAAGCAAAACAGAUGUCAGCCAUUUACCACAUAAGGACAGGAGAAGCAAUAUGGUCUCCAUGGUCUGUAGAACCUAGUGGUCAGUUUAUUAGGUACACCAGCCCCAUUAACAAAAAUAGUUUGCUCCUACAGACAGUCAAGUGGCCGUGGUUUGUUAUAUAACUGAACAUUAGAAUGGGCAGAAUGAGUGACCUAAGCAACUAUGAGCGAGGUAUGAUUGUCGGUGACAGGUGCACUGGUUCCACUAUAUCAGAAACAGCCAGCCUCCUGGGCAUUUCAUAUACGACAGUGUCUAUGGUUUACUGAGAAUAGUGCGUUAAACAAAAACAGAUCCAGUCAGCAGCAGUCCAGUGGGCGAAGACAGGUCGUUGAGAGGUCGGAGGAGAGUGGCAAGAAUCUUGCAAGUUAACAGGCAGGACACAAACAGGCAAAUAACGGCACAGUACAACAGUGGUGUGAAAACAGUAUCUCAGGACGCACAACUAGUCUGUCCUUCUAGUAGCAGACGACCACACCGGGUUCCACUCGUAUCAGCUAAAGCAGGUCCAGUGGGCACGCGAUCAAACACUGGACAAUUGAGUGGAAAAACCUUGCCUGAAAAUUAUAUUUCAGAUGGCGUCAAUUUAAUUGAUUCAUUUUGGAGUAGAACGUUCUUAAGUCACCAGGAGUGACCUAAACAGUUCAAAUACAUAGAGGUAUGCCCCUGCAUGCUACUUUUGCCAUUGUGUCUGUCAUUACUAAAGCUGCUCAUUUAUACAAAAAUAAAUAUUGGUUUUAAUGUAGUUAAACCAUGAUGUAUCAAGGCUGUUGAUAUCUCCUGACAGGAGUGUAAGUUGACAUGACCAUCUGAUUUUUGGUAACUUUGGCAUGUUCCAAGUCCUUUUAUAAUGAUUUGGCACAAAAGCCACCACCUUCAGAAACAAUUGAAACUAUAAUUACCCUGGAUUGCCUUCCCUGGAUUUCUGGUUUUAAACAUUGAAUUAUGCCAAAUAUACCAGUACAAAGGUCAGGGCACAGGCCACUCCUUUGUAUUAUUAUUUACAUGUGAUAAUAAAAAUGUAGUAAAGUUACUAAUUAGUUUCUACCAAAUUGUCUGAGAAGAAUUUCCUACAGAGGUCUAAAGUUCAGUAAGAUUCAAGUGCUCUGAAAACCAACAGCAACUCAUGACUAUACAGUAUUCAGACAUACUUUAUUCAAGGAUGGAAAAACAAGUAGAUUCAGUUAAGUAACUCUGCUCGGACAUCCAAAAAGCAACACCAGACAUGUAGUGUACUUUCUGUUUCUGGCACACAUGAGACGAGACCAUCUAAACAAAAGAAAAUGCCAAGGGGGGAAGAAUAUGGAAUCUCAUUGGGACAAAUAAGCCAUGUAGUGAAGUUAAGGACUUUACACAUUUACAGAAAUGAUUCAUUUAGAAAACAAAUUGCCAAUGGUAUUGAUUAUGGUUACAACUUGAACCAUGUCAUUCUAGUCUAGUGUGAUUUCAGAAUGCUUGGAUGAGCCAUGGUUUAAUUGAGUCCAAUUAACCCACAAUCUUGCUAUCCAAUGAGCCAGUGGCUCCCACUUCUCAGACUGGCUUACAUGCCACGUAAUACAGCACCCCCAGGGUGGGUAAACAAAGGUUACAUGGGGUUGGACUCACUGGAGAAUAAGCGUGAUCAGAUGGGUUCAUUAGAUUAAAGAUUACCAUUGCCAGCAUUCCAAAAUCCAAGUCUAAAAGUACCCCUCAUGAUAACUGGACACCAAGCCAUCUGUUCAUGUCCCUACAAACUGCAAAACAAAGGUGAUGUCCAAAACGUGGUUAACAUACACCUUAAAACAGACUCAGCAUAUGACGUUGCCAUGAACAGAAAAUAUGCAACGCAAGACUGCACUCCCCACAAAUGUA